AUGUCCGCCAUCCUCCGCAGGCUGCAAGGCGGCAACCUUGAAGUCUUCAAGUUCGGAAUGUACAUCCUCUUCCCCAUCGGCUGGAUGUACUACUUCGGAACGAAUCUCGAAGAACGCUUCUCCGUGCCCGGCUUCUGGCCCAGCGCCGAACAAUCGCACAAGAUUCCCACCGACAAAGAAGAGAUUGAUCGCGAGCUGGCGCGUAUGCGGCUCGUGGACAGUGUGAAGCGCGAGAGACGGCAGCGGGAGAGGGAGGCUGCAGAGGCGCUGGCACAGGCGCAGGCGGAGAGUCGGGAGUGA